AGAUGGUUCGAGAUGUCGGUGGUUUAAAUGGCACUCGAAAUAUGUCUUUGGAGGAAAUUGUAGCUAUGUUCUUGUACACGUUGGCACAUCAUUUGAAAAAUAGGACAAUUAGAAGUCAUUUCUUUCGAAGUGGAGAAAGUGUUAGUAGAAACUUCCACCGAUGUCUUCUUGCCGUGUUAAAACUACAUACACACUUGCUAAAAAAGCCGACACCUAUAACAGAAGAUUGUGAAGUGGAUAGAUGGAAAUGUUUUAAGAAUUGUUUAGGAGCCUUAGAUGGCACUCAUAUUAGUGUUCAUGUGCCAAGUGAGGAUAGAGCAAGAUAUCGGACAAGGAAAGGUUCUAUUGCUAUGAAUGUGUUAGGUGUAUGUAACCCUAAUUUGGAGUUCAUAUAUGUUCAACCUGGUUGGGAAGGAUCCGCUCAUGAUGGUCGUGUCCUUCGAGAUGCUAUUACUAGGCCUAAUGGUUUAAAAGUGCCGCAAGGUUCCUACUAUUUGGUAGAUGCAGGAUACACGAAUUGUGAAGGGUUUUUAGCACCAUAUAGAGGUCAUCGAUAUCACCUUAAAGAGUGGGGGGACCGACAACCAAUUAGUGCGGAAGAGUACUUCAACAUGAAACAUUCUAAGGCAAGGAAUGUUAUUGAGAGAUGUUUUGGACUAUUAAAAGGAAGGUGGGGUAUUCUUAGGACCCCAUCCUUCUUUCCAAUACGUACUCAUGGGCGUAUAGUUCAAGCAUGUGUACUAUUACACAAUCUUAUUCGAAAACAUAUGCCAACAGAUUACACAAUGUAUUGGGAUUCCAAUAGUGAAGAAGGUGAAAGUGAUGAUGAGGGCCUACAUGAUGAAGUUGAUUUGAUUACUCAAAUAGCUACUACGGAUGCUUGGACUGCUUAUCGGAAUAACUUAGCACAAACUAUGAUGAAUGUUGGUCAAUUUGUUCAAAGUGGAAGAGGGAAAAACAAGCGAUCAUGGAAUAAAUCUGAGGAAGAGUGUUUUAUUAAUGGUUUGUUGGAGAUGAGUGCUGAUCCUUCAUGGAAAGCUGAUGGGAGUUUCAAAGGUGGUUUCAAGAGUAAGUUAGAGGAGAAAUUGAAUGAGAAGUUUCCCGGAUGUGGGUUGAAAGCUAUUCCCCAUAUUGAAUCAAAAAUCAAAUGGUUUAAGGAUAAAUAUAAUGUGCUAACUGAAAUGUUUCGCACUUCUGGUUUUUCUUGGGAUAAUGAAAAGAAUAUGAUUGUUUGUGAAAGGCAAUCUUAUGAAGAAUUUUGUAAGCAACACAGAAAUGCUCAAGGAUUAUGGAAUGUUCCUUUUCCAUUUUAUGAUCAACUGUCAAUUAUCUUUGGUGCCGAUCGAGCUACUGGAGUGCAAUCUGAGACUUUUGUCGAAGCUGUUGACAAUCAAGAGAAAGAGACCAUUGAACUAGAUAAGGGUGGUAGUGAUGAAGACGAUGAAUUUGAUGAUAAUGAGUCCGUCAACCAGUCAAAAGAAUCAACUCCAAGUGAACCUUCUUCAAAGAAAGGCGAAAAAGAAAAGGCUCCAAAUGAACUAGGAAGGAAAAGGAAGAAGCUGGAGGUUGUGGACUUAACUUCUUCUUUUAACAAUAUGUCUUCUAGCUUUUCAAAUCAUAUGAAUGAGAUGAACAAGCACAUGUCUACCAUUUCAAGUGCCUUCUCUACUACACAACUACCUGAAAAAGCUAUCAUGGCUUGCGAAGAAGUUGAGGAAAAUAAAAAAGAAAAUUUGGUUAGUCAAUUGCGUCGCAUAGAAGGAUUGACAAGAUUUGAAAUAAUGGAAGCUUCCAAGAGGUUGGCCUCCAAUCCAUGUGAACUCUCACUCUUUUACCAAUGCCCGGAUGAUGAGUGGAAGAAAGAGUUUAUAAUCAACCUCAUUCAUCCUAACUUGGAUAAGAUUGAACCAAACUUAGUCUGGUAUGGGGUUCUGAAUCCAUACCAUCCUGGUAUGGGGUUCCAUACCAUUCCAAUCCUGCUCACUGAACCAAACGGACCCUAA